GGAUGAAGCGCGGCUUUACAUUCCUCACAGUACACUAAAAACCUCACGCUGGCCUUUAGAAACAUAUGGCUAAAGAAUGGUUUUCCUUCCGCUUUUAAAACAACUAAGAACCCAAGCCGCGUAGAAUGGAAGGAAAUGAACAUCUACGGAUUACCUGCAUUCUCAACGAAUUCUCGCUUCGUUUGCCUCCCAAUCGGAUCCAGAAGACUGCGACACACACGUUGCACAUUCACAGAUGUCAACCUUCGGCACUUUUCCCAAGAAUGACGCAGCAAUUGGGACCGGCGUGCCCCUUUCCCAGCAGGAAACUUCGAAAAAAAUACAAAAUAACUGUUCAUCUGGAAAGCAUGAACAGGGAAACACAUCCGACCCAGGAAAUAUGAAACAAACCAAAGUUGUUGACAAGUACUGGCGUUUCACCAUAGUGGCAGCCUCUGCCCUGUGCCUGAGUUCGGCUUCAUUGCGGUCGGCCGGAUACAUAUACGCGAGCUUAAUUGAGGAUUACGGACUGAGUCGUUCAGUCGCGUCUUGGCCGGACAGCCUCACCGCUGCCUCGUUUGAGAUGUCAGGAUUAAUAUUUGGUCACCUUUGCGAGCGCACAAGCCUUCUGUCGGUAAUGGUGACUGGCAGCAUCUUUGCAUGGCUUGGAGUGAUGGCGUCAGGUUUAUCUGCCAACAUUGUAUGGCUGUCAUUCACCCUAGGAAUAAUUCAUGGUGUCGGCGCCGGUUUCGUCGUUGUUGGCCUCCAUAUCCAUUUGAGCGAACACUUCGACAAAUACCGAGGCACUGCUCAUGGAAUAAUGUACGCUGGUUCUUCCUUAGCCUCGGUCUUUUUUCCAGAAAUGCUCUUAUAUUUCAAGGAAAUAUUUGGAUUCCGGAAUAGCCUGAGCCUCCUCGGUGUCGUCCUGACCAGCCUCACGUUCAUUGUCUUCCUGUUGGCCAAGCCACCCACGUUGAGCGAAAACAUUGAAGAAGGCCCUCCUGGUCGCAUCGUGUUCACGAUUCAUAGCGCCACUCAGACCGAGGCACCGACGGACGGGGAGAAGUCUGUCGAUAACCUCCUGAUGCGGGAGUCCAAGGUGUUCAGCUGUCCAAUGUAUUACGUCAUCCUAGUCACCUGCGUCGCGUUCAACUACAGCGUCGAUGUGUUCCAAGGAACCGUGAACGAUUAUGCUACAGACAAAGGUAGAUCGCUCGGCGAAUCGGUGUCGAUAGUGUCAAUCAUAUCAACGACGGACAUUCUAGGUGGUGUGUUUCUUCCCAUGUUGGUGGACCGAAAGUACGUGAGGCGGAGCGUCAUGCUCACAGUCAAUUACUUAUUGCUUGCCGUGGCCCUGGUGCUCCUGCCACAAGCUGACUCUAUGAACGAUUUCUUGGUCGCUUGCCUCUUCAUCUCAGCUUUUAUGGGCUGUGGCACAACAAUGUACGGGGUGCUAAUGGCCGACUAUGUGAGCCAAAACAGCUUGCCCUUCAGCUACGGAGUUAUGGGAGUCCUCACGGGAUUGCUGUUUGUGGCCAAGCCUUUCCUCGUGGGUUUUUUUAGGGACUACACCGGCUCUUACGAUGGAUUGUUCCGGCUGCUGGGAGGUUGCCUUUUCGGACUUAGCUUUCUGUGGCUACUGGUUGUAGUGUGGGAGUGGAAAUCAAGCGGAUCUUGGCACCGCAAGCGAAAUAAAAGAUCACUAAAAGACCUCCUGUCCGCCACCGCAGCAACCGAACAACCGCGCAUUCUUAAGUUGAAUAAAGCUGGCGAAUCUGCCGCGUGAUAUAUUGA